UUCAGUAAUAACCCGGCGUUUCAGACAAGCAUGUUCGGCAAACGGGGGUGGUUUCGAUUGAGCGUGUUGCUCGUGGUGAGCUUGUGCUUAAAUUUUACGCACGGAAAAAGUGAAUUCGAGGAGGAACUGCAAAUUCUCAGCAAACAGGUUAAGGCCCUUCUGGACCGUAGGAAGGAGGAUCUUGAAAUAAUCGAGGAUAGUCUUAGGCGAAAACUGUUCAAGAGUCCCGAAAUUAGUGAUGUUCAGGAUGAGAUAAGAGCACUGAGAUUAGAACUUGAAGAGUUGCGAAAUGGAAAUGUGCACAAGGUCCCCAAUCACAAAUACGCGACGAAGGAGAAGAACGAACAUUUAACUGUGAAGUGGCUGUCUAAUGCAGUAACCGAAUUGAAAAUGGAAGUAUCAGAAAUUCAGACAACACUUAACUCGACGGUAAUGCUACAGAAUCGCGAAGAAGUCUACGGUGAAUUGACGCUACUCAGGACUGACGUCUCCAAUUUGAACAAGGAACUCGAGAUUUCCAGAAGCAAGAACAUCAAAUAUGAAUCCGAAUUGCUGGAAGUUAGAGAAGAUCUCGCUUCGUUAAGGGAUCAUUCGAGAGCGACCGCCGUUAUGUGUGGAAAAACGAAAAAUCAGCUGAAAGCUACGCAAUUGGAAUGGUCGUACAACUGGAAGAAGAUUAACGAAAACAAAUCCAUACCGCUCCUUUUGGAUGAUACUCCCCGUUCUCCUCGACAUCAGCGACUUCUCAAGAAACACGUCGUCGAUUUGGAGAAGAAUACGAGACAACUAAAGCGCACCAAUGAAGAUCUUCGUCUGCGAAUUCUCAAACUCGAAGAGGAAGUCCGAAUUUUGCAGCAACAAAAGCAGCCGAUCCUCGAACGCAUCGCCGGCAAUGAAAUCGACGAUUAUGUCAAGAUGCACAAGCUUAUCGAAAUAACCGAAAACGCCGUUCCCGACCGUCCAACUUUCGAAACGCGUAUCGCCAAAAUCGAAUUGGGCCAAAAAUCUCACUCCGAGUCGAUAUUUAACCUAACCAGGCAGUUUCUGAACUUCGACAAGCUACACAUGUCGAUGCUCGAGCUGUUGGAGAACGUCGAAAGUUUGGAGAACAAGGUCGACAAGAACUUCCCAGAAUUUCGAAAGGAAAUAUCGAAAUUGGAGGUUCAAAUGUCGGAACGAAACGGCGAGAGCGCGAUACUGAAAGAGGACCAGGCCAACACGAGAAAAUCCGUUAAAGCGAUCGGCUCUAGUGUCUCAAACUUGAAAGACAAAUUGGAUUUUGAACAGACGCAAUUAGUUGAAUUACGGAAACAUUUAAAUAAUUUGCAGAAGUCGUCGAGCGUGCAAACGUCAAAACUUCAUGAUCACAUAUUAAAGGCCGAAUCUUCCAACGUCGACCUUAACGCCACCAAAUCGGCAAUACACCUCGUCCAAGAAUUGAAAUCGUUCGAAAAAGAGUACAAGAGCAUAAUAAACAAGUUGCCACACGACUGUGGAGCGGUAUCCGGACUAAACGGCGUUUACCUAAUCUCGCCGGGUGACGGUGAGCCCAUAAUGGCGAGCUGUCAGGACGGAUGGACGGUGAUCCAGAAACGUUACGACGGAACGGUCGACUUCAACCGAAACUGGAACGAGUACUCGAACGGUUUCGGAUCGGCUACCGGCGAGCACUGGCUGGGAAACAGGAACAUUCACUAUUUAACGAAAGAUAAUUGCACGAAGCUGAUGGUUAAUAUGAAAGACAUUUACGGAAAGUACUGGCAGGCGACCUACGACGACUUUAGGGUUGCCGAUUUUAGUGGUGGUUUUAGAAUGAGUGUCGAUAGGUACAAGGGAAACGCGAGCGACGCGCUGGAUUAUCAAAAUAAAAUGGAAUUUUCGACGAUUGAUAACGACCGCGACAUAUCCAACACGCACUGUGCCAGUAACUACGAGGGUGGCUGGUGGUUCUCCCACUGUCAGCAUGCCAACUUGAACGGUCGUUAUAAUUUGGGCCUAACGUGGUUCGACAGUUCGAGGAACGAAUGGAUCGCCGUUGCGACGAGUGAAAUGCGUGUUAAAAGAAGGGACACUUGUUGAGAGAUGUUGAUUGUUAAAUGUUAAUGAAAUGCCAGUAAUUACCAAAGAAUGAACUAGUUCAGUAGUGUAGAGUAGCCACAAUUUAUUGCUUAUUUGUUGUAAGUCCUCAAAUGCACAUUUCCUCUUUUUUGUAAUGUAAAAUGUAUUUAUUGUUUAGUGUUAACAAUUAUGACUGCCAUAUUGUGAGUGGAAUGUGCACACUCAUUUUUUUAAUCUGAACCAAAAUGUAUAUAUGUGUUAGAUUUAUUAUGUCAUUACCAUUAAGAUAGUUUAAUAAUUUAUUGUUUAUUACCUACUAUUUGUCAUAGAAGACUAGUUUUGCACAUAUUUGUAUGUAAAUAACAUUAAAUUUAUACCAAUG